CAUUAUUAUUAUUAUAUAUAUCACAUCUGAAACCCUUUAGACAAAGAAUCAUCUUUAUACUUAUGUGCAAGAAAGAAUUUUAGUAUGAAAUAAAGAUUCACUCCACUUUUUUAAAUGUACAAGAGUCAACAUUUGUUUCCCUGCUCGAGCGUAAUUAAACAGCUAAUUUAAGUAUUUAAAAUUUUCUUGAGGAAGGUAAUUGUGACAACAAACAAAUUUUAUUGUGACUGAAAUCCCUGAAUGGGAUGGGAGAAACUGGAAUGAAAAACUGAUAAUGCUUUUUUUUAUUUCAUUCAUACUCGUGCAUUAUGGCUCGAACAUAGAAUUUCCAUGCACCAAGUGAUGAUUGAUUGGGAUACUACACUUGAUAACAUGAUAACAUUUGAACAAUCCUAAGCAAGAUUCUUACUCUAUGGAAUUUAAUAGAACCUGUCUCAAAGUGAUUUGAUUUGAUAUAACUUUCAAUGGUUUGACUGCAGAUGAUGAUCAAGAAAUCAGUUCUUACCAUCAGACAUCCAAAUGGUAUUGUACAUGUAUGUAUUAUGCACUCAAAGUCUCCUUUCUUUUCAAGUCUAGUACUGCAGUACUCGUAGUUUUCCCAGUGCUAACCAUUGAUAAUAUAAUAGAAUGAACAAGUUAAUAAAACUAACCUAACACUUUUUCAUAUUAUUCAACGUAGUUUGUUUUUAGCUAUCGGAUAAUUUUUUCCAUACAUGCCUGACUGGUUUUCAAGUAUUGAAUGUGUAUUAAUUACUUACAAAUAAUCAAAUAUCUUGAAAGUUUUGCACAAUGCACUACCUGAACUUAAAAUCUCUUUUCAGCUGUUAUUAUUUUACUAUCAAGUAGAUUAUUUCUAGGGGGCUAAUACUGUAUUUGUUUUUGCUCUGUUCUCAGAAGACAAGGACUCGAUCCGUACAGAAUGUCAGACGGCAUGCCUGCUCAGCCAUGGUUAAGAUGUGUAGAGAUCAUCAGACACUCAUGCUGCCCCAUUUUGAGAAGAUCUACACCCAAGUUCAGACAUUAAGCUCUGAUCCCGAACAACUGACCCAGCUCGAGAGGGUGACGCUCAGCGAGGCUCUGAUACUCAUUAAUAAUGGACUCCAUGACUGGAAUCGUCAGAGUGCCCUCAUUGCUGAGAUCAUGCAACCCAUCACAGAAGUCUGGCUGUCACCUCAUAUCACAGAGAUGAUUCAAUCUCCAGAGUCUUUCAUCCACAACAUUGGUUUAGAUCAUCCUAGCACUGCUCAGCCAAACCAGGAGGAUGUCUACAACAAGAAUCGUGCUCAGAUCUUCAACUGUAUCUCUACCAGCCAAGCUGUUGUCAAGAGGUGCUGCUGGCCAUCAGACCCACAGGUUGCUAAAGCUUGUGGGUUUAUCAGUGGUCAUCUACCAAGUGGUGCACCAAUCUACAAGAACCCUAGUACCCCUCACAUCUUACCUAUCUUGCCAAAUUUAUUCACUCUUGCCAGAACGUUGAAUGCUAUGUGGUCUCCUGAGUGCAGAGCUAAGGUGUGUCCAGAGUAUACUAGAUCAUUCAACAUGACUGAAAAUGAGAGGAAUACAAUCUUAGGUUUAUUAGGUAACAGUACUGAGAUCCCUGCAAACAAACCUGUUGUUGAGAAAGUUCAAAUCUUCCUCACUGUCAUCUAUGAAACUACAUGUCACCUAUUCUCAGACUGUUUCCAGAGUCUUGGUUAUGAGUUCUUUACAGCUGAUGGUCUGUCCAGUCAACUUCUAGAAUCUAUUUUCACCAACCUCCAUCAUUUACCGGACUAUAGGCUCAGGCAUAUCAUUCGUGUUGUGACCAAGUCAUUCGUUCAAUCCUGUCCCAAGGAAUGCUGGCAGUCGGUCCUGGUCCCAGUAAUGACUGGCCUAACUUCAUAUAUGGUUCCCAGGCUGAAUCAUCAAUGGGCCAUUAUUUUGCAGAGGGCUGAAUCAAGUGAAGCGACAGAGGAACAAAGUGAUGAGCAAGAAACACAAGAGGUUGUAGAUGAUUAUCUAAUAAGAACAGUUACCAAGGAAUUCAUGGAACUUUUAGGUAAUCUAUGUUGGAACAAUAGAACAGCAUCAGGUAAGAAGGAGGAAGGAGGAGGAGGAGAGCUUGAUAUGGAGACUGAAGAAGCAAUGGAACAGUGUGAUAGUGGAGGAGGGAACAGUGGCCGGUCAGAACCUUCAACCAUCAGUGAACUUGGGAAAAUCAUCUUGCAAAAUGAGAGGCUGUGUGAGAGCAUAGUAACCUGUAUAUAUGCAGCGAUGUCUUGGCCUGAUAGUGGUGUUUGCAUGAAGGCAUGUCGUCUCUCCUGGCUCAUUGUACAAGAGCUUACUACCAGACCACUCAUACCAGAAGCAGUUACCCAUCUCUAUACAUCUAUCCUCAAAGGUCUCCAAGUACAUGGUGAACAUGACACAUGUAGAGCAGAACUCAUCUACAGAGCAAUGAACCAUUACGAACUAUUGAGAGAGAAGUAUCCAAUCUUGACUGAAGUUAUGUUGAGUUUGCCUCACUGCACUCAACCAGCGUUACAGAAGUUCCAUGAGAAGGUCCCAGCCUCCAAGCCAUCUGAACGGAAGAAGAGAGAAGCCUUCAAGAGCUUCAUCCAAGAUUUUAUUGGGGAACCUAUGAGUCAGAAGUUCAAGAGAAAGGAGGUUAUUCGUGAUCUUCCAGCGAUCCUGAAGCCAAUGAAACCAAAGAUUAAUGUAAUGGAUUCAUCGGUAGGACCAGAGGAUGCAGGACUGGUCAUGCUUUUUGCAAGUGAGGCUGACAUAUGAGGACAUAGAUUCUCUAACCCUACUAAACUUGAACAACUUGAACCAACCAACUUUCAAGAGAGCGAAAUUUAUGACGUUUCCUGUCAAUACAGUGAUAUGGGACCAACCAAUCUUUUUCACUAUGGAACCAAAGAUUAACCCUUCAACUGCCAGGAUAUUUAAUUCCUAUAGGGACCACUUGGCACCAAUACUCAACAGGUUAAUAUUGUGGAUGCAUUGGUACAUGCAGAUGUCUGGAUGUCUACUCUAGGCUUAUCUGUGCUAAUGACACUGAUAUGAAAUGCUCAACUUAAUGAAACUCAAACUCGAACCAACUCUCACUGCAUGUGAAAAUUCCUUCAUAUUGGCUAUCACCAUUAGCAAGAUACAAACUAGCGGUAUAAGCUAUGAAAUCCAUUUGUUGGAUGAAUGAGAUCAACUCUUUCAUUGAUUUCUAGCUUUCAAGAUGUCUAGCAUUUGAUAAUUUUGAAGCAAAUAUCUUAUUUAACAUAUAUACGGGAAUUAAUUUUUUUUCAGUGGUGCAAAUGAAUGUGCUAUUGUCACCUUCUUUUUGAUUAUAUAGGCAUCUAUAAACAUACUACAAUAUGAUUAUGUACAAGUCCUUAUUUAAUUCCCAAUUCCAUGAAACUUGAACCAAUUUUGGGUAAGGAUUCAAUAAAAAAUGGAGUGUUUAUAGAUAGUGUUUCAGGCAAAUGGCACUAGCUGAAACCAUUGCUUUAUCUGAAGGUGAAAUGGACAAGAAAUUUAUGAGCAGGUACUUUUUUAUGAAAAGCUUCCUGUAAUUCAUGUUUCAAUGUUUUAAUUGGGAAUUCUUUCCAAGGGAACCUUAAUUUAUGAUCUUUAUUCAUUUAUUUUACUCAGAACAAUUUAUCUUCAAAUUUGUGCCAAAUGAUAAAAUUUACAAUUUUUGAACACAGAAAAAAUGCUCUGCUUGCUGUGAUAAUAAGUCUGGUCUCGACACUCUUGGCUUUUUUGGUAUUUAUUCUAUGCAAAAAUUAUAUUUUAUGAAUUUCCUAUGUAAUUUUGUUCCCCUCUCCCCAUUUUGGGGGUUGUUUUUGUUUAUUAAAUGGAAAUUGUUGAUGACACCAUUCUGAUCAUUAACAACAUGAAAUUAAUUUAUUUUAAUCAGUAAAAGUAAAAAUCAUACCUUCAUUGAUUUAUUUAUUCAAAAUCACCUGUGGGCAAUUUCUUCCAUAAACUUAUUCCCAUGACUCCCAAUUGUACAAAGUUACUAUUAUGGAAACUUUACUAUCUAGUGGUAACUACCAUGGUAAUAAGUACUCAACAGCCAAUCAAAAUCAAAGAUUCCAUCUGAGUUACCAUUUUUAAAUAACAAAAUUACCAUUAGUAUACAAUGAUGAAUGUUUACGAGUGCAAUGGACAGAAAACUUAAUGAGGUGACAGAUGAAACGAUCCAACCAACGGGGUGUAGCCGAGUUGAAUGGAUCACUUAUUUCAUCUUUCACCAAAUGAGGAUUCUGUCCAUUGCACAAAUAAAACAUUUAUUAUUUGUUUUAUAUGACACCUAAAUUAGAUCCUUGUCAUUUGACAUUUAUAAAUUUGAAUAAAAUUGCAUUCAGUAGAAACAUGGUCUGUUAUUGUCGCAUACAACACCCACACUGCAAACAUGAGUGUUUUUAUGUGUAACGCUGUUGGUCUCAGUGCACGUCCAGUGGAUAAAAUCGUAUUGAUCCAAAACUGCAUGAUGAAUGGAUCCAAAAUUGCAUGGAUGAUGUCUUUUUUAAAUGGGCAGAGUGAUUGAUAUCAAACAACCAAUCAAAUGACAAGGAUUUUUCUAGAUGUCAUAUAAUAAUCUUAAUGUAACAGGGCCCAGAUUGUAGCUUUAUCUCUAUUCACCCCUUAUAUCCUCUCUUCAGUAUAUUGCAUGUAAGCCAUAUUCAUGAACUAAUUAACUAUGCAUAGCUGUGUCUGUAUACAAAGGGGUGGUUUAUUCCAUGAUAAGGCCUAUAUUUAUGUUUGGUAUUGGGAGCCUUUUAAAUGAAUUCUGCUGAAAUGAUUUUUAUUUUAGUCUUAGAUUUUCGUCUGACAUUAUGCACCAGUUUGUACAUUUUGAAAUGCAGAGCAUACUUUUUUUUAUGUUACUUAUGUUAUUUUUAGGAAAUGUCUGAUUUUGUCUUUUGAAGGCACUUUGCACAAUAGUUAAAUUGUGUGAGAACAAACUGAAGUAUGUUGUCAUUUGCAAAAUGUCAACAAUCAAUUUGUAGGUAAAUAAAGUGUAUUUCUUGCUAUCUAAAUAACAGAAGUCUUAGUGAUUGAUUCUAUGACCAGUUGGAGGUGGUAUGCAAUCUUUUUUGUUGAAAAAACCCCACGUCCUGUAUUACAGCCAUUUGGGAUUAAACUUUUUAAUGCAUUAUACAUGUACAUGUGACAUGGUUUAAGCAAAUACUUCCAUGUCCCUUAUAUUUGCAGGAUUCAAUAAGAUUCCCCUACCACACCCUAUAAUAAUUUAAAAAAAAGAAUUUUGUAGUAAUUUUGAAUAUUACAUUUGAGCUUAUUUUAUGCUACUUUAUUUGGCAUAACUGUCCGACAUCUUCCAUAAUGAAAACUGCAAGUCUGAAACCUAAGAGUUAAGUGCCUGCAGUACAAUUUACUGUCACUGCCACCACCACCACUGCCAUCAUUAUCAUCAUCACCACCCUCACCAUGACCAUCUUCAUUGUCUGCAUCUCUGACACCACACCAUCAUAAUCUCCACACUCAUCACCAAUAGUUCCAGAACCCUAUUUCAAAAUUGAUAACUUUUGUAGAAUUAUGUGGAUAAUUCUUUAAGUACAUGUAAAUCCUUCUUGCAUUAAAAAAAAUCAAAUACAAAUGUUUCUGAUCCAAA